AAAGCAUCUAGAUUGCUUAAAGAUAUCCUUUAAAUAUACAUAUAUACAUAUAUAUAUAUAUAUAUAUAUAUACUAUCUAUAUCUAUACAUAUGAAUAUCCUUAACUGCUUCUUUUCUCUCUUUUUUUUAAAAUAUCUACAAGUCGAUAUUUUACAGUAUGUAGAUGAUUUAACUGAUAAAGAUAAACAGAUUUUGAAUGAAAUGUCGGGAAAAUAUGGUAUUCGCAGUUAUGCUCGACUCUUACGUCUUGCAAAAAAAGAUCGUGAUGAUGAACUACGAUCAUUAAAACGGCAACAAGAAGAAGGGAAACCAAAGGAUGGACUUAGUAAGAGUGAGAGACGAAAGAGGAGACGAAGAAGAAGAAGAAGACAUAGAAGAAGAAGAAGUAGAAGUAGAGAGGAUAACGAUCAUUCUUAUAGACGUCGCCAUAGUCCAACGUAUGAACCUUAUUAUAAUCAGGACGAUGAAUCAGGCUCAUCUUAUAGUUCAUGGGAUGAUUCAGAUGAUGAUGAUGAUGAUUCUAAUCAUAGUGAUUCUUCCUCUGAUAAUGCUAUUGAGUUUGGAUCAACAAGUACACCUGAAGAACAUAUCAUGGAUCGACCACAAAAAGAAGAAGAAGAAAUAAAAAAGAAUAAAUCAGUGGAAGUAUUGAAAUCAGUUCCUACUAUAGAAAGGAAAUUAACGCCUAUGGAAAAAUUAAAAUUAAAGAUGAGAGAAGGUUUAGAGAAACAAAUUGUAUCUGAUGAAAGAGACAGGAGAAGAAAAGAAAGAGAAAAAGAAAUAGAGCAAUUACAAGAAUUGGCAAAAAGUCAGGGACUUCCCAUCGAUGCUUAUUUACGACCUGAACCACCGACACGAGAAAGGAUUGAAAAGGAAGAAGAGAAAGAAGAUAGAAAAAGAUAUUAUUCGCCCUCUUCUUCAGAUAAUGAAGAAGAAGAAAAGAAACUGAAUAAUGAUAAAAAAGGAUAUGACUCAUCAUCGUCUAAUGAAAUGAAGGAGAGUAGAAAAAGAUAUCAUUCACCUUCAUCAUCAUCUGAAAAGGGAACAGAAGAAGAUUCCACAAAAAAUAAAAGGCGAUAUAGAUCUCCCUCAACAAGCAGGAGUCGAAGUAGAGAUAAUGAUGGGAAGAAUAAAAGAGAAAGAUAUAGAUCCCCUUCAACUGAUUCUGAUGAUAAUAGAAGAAAGGAACGAAAAAGGGACGUUUCUUAUAAACGAUAUACAUCACCUUCAACAAGUAAUAGGAAAUAUACAUCGUCAAGGAAUAGUAGUAGAUCCUAUUCAUCUAGAAAUCAUAGUAGUAGAAAAGAAAGUGAUUAUAGGCGAUAUAAGCAACGAUCAAGAUCCCCUUCACCACCAAGAAAAAGUAGACAUAGUAGUUAUUCACGUUAUAGAUCACCUUCUUUUUAGUGACGAUAAAAGAAAGAUAUAUAAAUAAGGAUUAGUGUUCAAGAUAUAAUAAGUAUUAAACAUAGAAGCAUUGUAUACUAUUGUUUUUUUUUUUUUUUUUUUUUUUUUUUUUUUUUUUUUUU